GGAAGCCAGAGGUCAAGGAACACUUCUCAUCUUCUUAUCCUUACAUGGCUUUCUGCAUAGGCAGUGGUGCUGCUGGUGGUUUAUGCAGCAGCUACUUGCCUCGACGCAACCCAUCAUUUCGCUCUCAAACCCCUCUUUUCUCAAACCCUUCUUCUUCUGCUCCUUUUUCAAUCAGGAGGAGUUCUCAAAUCACUAGUGCCAAAAAAAUCUCCUCUCGGACUGGGCGGUUUGAUAGCAAGAACAAGAGAAGCGGUGGAGCGACUACAACCACUACCAAGGAGGAAGAAGAAGAAGAAGCAGAACAAGAAGAAGAGGUGAUUGAAAGAGGUUCUGAAGAUGGUAGCACUGUGGACGUCAAUGAUGGGUAUUUCUUGCCAGAGCUUCCGGGUGAUAAACCAGAUUUCUGGGAGGGAAGUAAGUGGGAUGCUCUUGGGUUUUUUGUUCAGUAUAUGUGGGCUUUCGGCAUCGGCUUCGCGUUAAUUGCAUGUGGUAUUGCCGUGGCCACUUACAAUGAGGGAGCGAUGGAUUUCAAGCAGACUCCCGUGUACAAGGAGUCAAUCCAAUCCCGAGAACUGCUGGAAGAACCAGAGGCAUCCAACUCAGAUGUUUUCGAGGCCAAUCCAACUGAGGAGGCACCAAGUUUGGAAUAGUGCUUUCAAAUUGUGUCCAAGUGAGGCCUUUACCUUAGAUCAUCAUAUGUUUGAAGUGGAAAUAUUUCUGUGCAACACAUUAUCUACAAAUUCGUAAGGUAUAACUUAGUUUAUACAUUUUUUUUUACCUCAUGCUUCUUUCUUUGUAUUUAUUAUAUUGGUUGAUUCUGAAUCAGCAGUACAGUUUGUAAGAAGAUCAAUGAAGAAUACAUAUGUUUCCAUCUUGACCUA